AUGGAAUCACCAGCUAAAGGCGAUGGUCGCCAGGGUGUCAAGGCAAGCCAGAAACACAUAGAAUUUCAACUACAGCGGGAAAAGACCUAUACCCGUGAGCUUGAGGAGAAGAUUAAAACGCAGCUAGCCCAUAUAGCCAAGCUGGAGCAGGAUAAAGCUGAGUUGAGACGUGAGAUGAUUACCCUUGUGGAAGAAGAGAAGAAAAAGACGAAGCUAGAAGAGAGGUGUCACAUGCUACAGAAGGAGCUUGCAGAAAAACAGACUGCUUUAAUUGGAGAGCAAAAACGUGUUACAUCAAUAGAGUGUGAGAAGGAACAGAUUCGUCGUGAUGCUCAUACUUCUAUUGCGAAAUGGUGUGAAGCUGAAAAACAAUGGAUAGCAGAGAAUGAUGCUCUUCAAAAGGACUUAGAGGAAUCUAGAGAUGCUUUUGCCAAAUUAAAAUGUGAUUAUGAAGCUUUAACCACUGAAAGGGAUGAUGUGUUGAAACAACUCCACCGUGAGAAAGAGCAUUGUUCACGAUUAGAAUCUGUUUCUGAGACCACUGAGAAAAAGAUCGCUGCUUUGCAUUCACGCAUCGAGUCACUGCAAAAUGACAUUUACACUCGAGAUGAAACAUUAUUUAAAUUGGAUGAGGCAGGUACCAAGUGGCAAGAAAUAUGUCAUUCCAAAGAUGAGGAAAUCAAGGCACUUGAAGUACAAGUUGCAAAGCAAUCUGAUACCAUUGAAAAUCUUCAAAAUACUAUUUCAACACUUAAUCAACGUAUUGAAGCUACAAAAAUGAUCAACAUGGAAGAAAAGUGUCGUGUUGACAAAGUUUCAUGUGACCUACGUGAAUGUGAGAAGGAGAAUAAACUUCUUCAACUGGAACUAGAUACAUUACGUCGUGAUCUUGACUAUGCUUCUCAAAAUGCAACGAAACAUCAAGAACUUGUAACAGAUUUACGUGCAAAAUUGCUUUCAUCAACAGAGCAGAUGAAAGAAAAAAAUACUGAAGUACGGAAACAAGAGUUGAUUAUUAGUCAACUGACAGCUGAUCUAAAAAAAAUGGAAAGAGAUCGAACUGAUGGUAGUUACCUGGUGAAUUCAUUACAAACCCAAUUACAGAGUUUACAAGAUGCAUUGUCUGAAGCACAAUCAAAUGUUAAAACUCUUGUGGCGGAAAAGUUAAUUUUCGAGAGUGAGCUACAACAGGUCAAGACAUCUUUUGAGGUGAGGGAUGAGGCUGUGGUAUUGAUGAAGUCUGAACUUGAAGACAAGAUUGAGAGUCUUCGUGCUGAUGUUAGAAACCUAGAGUCUGAGGUUAGUGAAAGACAGAAUGUGAUCAACAGUAUAACAAAACAAUUGGGUGAAGCAAAUGUGAGGAACGAAGAGCUCUAUGGAAAAGUUCUAAAGCAUUCUGAUUUAUCCGUACAACUUCGUGGAGAGUGUGAUAAUUUACAGAAUGAGAGAAAUAAACUUUGUCAGGACCUACUUAUCCUUGAAGAAAAUGUUUGCAGGUAUACCCUAUGUGAUGAAUAUUCUGAAAUGAUAUGUGAUACUCUCAUGAUACAUGCAGUAGAGGUAACUUCGGUUCUUAAAGUAUAUUUUGGAGAGAUUUCUCGCCUAGAAAAUAAUCUGAAGGAAUUGGCUUCUGAAAAGCUUGCAGGUGAGAAUAAAUUUACACUUGUUGAAGCAGCUUUGCGGGAAGAACUCCAGUUGCUGAAGGAACGUGAAGCUGAAAAAGCUAACGAAAUCGCUACAGGGGAAAUGAAUAUCGUGACACUUGAAGAAAAAGUAAAGAUGCAUGAGGAAACUAUCUUUGCACUGAAGAAGGAGGUAAAUCUUCAUCAAGGAAGAUGUGAUGAGCUUCAGAAUAUUGAGAAACUUCUUUCUGAAAAGGUUGUUGAUGCCGAAAAUCUUAUUCGACAGAUGUCAACUGCUGCUGAAAAAGACGUUUACUUAUCACAAUAUACUACAAAAUGGCUUCAUAAUACUAUAGAAUCAGUCACCUUGUUUUGUGAUGGUUUCUGUACAUAUUUAUCAGAAAAAACAGAUUUUAUACUGGGCGAGUUUAACAAUCUUCAUGUCAUUGAAACUAUGAAAAUUUUGGAAGCAUAUAAUUUCUCAAAAACAUCUCAAAAAGAUACAGAAGAGAAGUGUACGCGUCUGCUUUGUAAAGUAAGUGAUCUUGAACUUCGCCUUGCAAAGGCCGAGAAGUCUUUUGCAAAUCAGUCAGAGGGUUUUCUUAUUAAAAUUCGUUCUACUGUCAGAGAGAGAGAAUUGGCAGAGAAAGCCAGAGAUGAUGCUUUACAUAAAUUAAAGUGUAUGUCAGAAGAUCAUUUGAUUCAUUGUAAUGCGGAUGGAGAACGAAUAAAGGAACUUCUCUCUUUAUUGCAUACUGAGAAGCAAAACCGUCAACUGAUGGAGGAAAAGGUGCAGAAGCUCCGAAAAAACCUGGACUAUGAGCUUGGACGGAAGAAGGAGUACAAGGAGGCACUAGAGGAAGUUAAGGCGAAGCGUGAAGAAGCUGAGAGAUAUCGAGCUACUGAAAAGGAUUGGGCAAUGAGGGCAAUAGAACGGGCCAAUGAAGAGGUAAAUUAUUGGGUAAGAAGCUUUGACAAACUUAAAUACAUGCUGGAUGAGCUAUCUAAGAGAUCGGGAGCUCGAGUUUCAGCUAUGGACCAAGCAACCAUCAAAACGUUUGAAGAGGCAAAGAGCAGGUUGACGCUACGUGAUCAUGACGUUAAUGUAAUUUCACAGGAAGAGAAGAAUCAUGGAGAAAAACGUCAGCGAAAAGAGUAG